AUGGUUGUGUGUUUCUUUUCCUCUUGUUCACAUGUUCUAAAUUUUUCCAGGAUGAGUUUUCAUCCUAGAAAACUAUUUUUUCCCUACCUUGGUUCAAGUGAUGCUGCUACCAUGGGGAGCAGAAUCAAUGGUGGCCCAAGUCCUUCUCCUCUGCCCUCCCCAGUCUCAAUGUCAUUUCCGCGGUUUCGACCACCCCUUCUUGAUGGAGAUGACAUGCACCAAAACCUUGCACCUAUCAUUAUAAUUGGCAUAGGUAGCAUAGGUUGUGUAAUUAUGUUUCUCAUCACCUUGUCCAAAAUCCUAAAGUACUAUUACUUAAGUAGAUACAACGUUAGCAGAAGAAAUCCUCCAAUAUUAUUUGACAUUCGUGGAGAUUUUACCUUUUCUGAUGAUGAGGAGCAGGAACAAGUUAUUAGGCAGCACCCCAUAUGGUUCGUCCCCACCGAGGGUCUCCAAGAAUCAACCAUAGACUCCAUUACAGUUUACAGAUACAGAAAAGAUGAAGGGUUGGUUAAAGAAAUUGAGUGUCUUGUUUGCCUAGGUGAGUUUCAACAAGAAGAGAGUCUGAGACUAUUGCCAAAGUGUAGCCAUGCUUUCCACGUUCCUUGCAUUGAUACUUGGUUGAGGUCACAUAAAACUUGUCCCUUGUGCCGUGCCUCUAUUGCUCAUGAUGCUGGCAGUGUUGGUGGUGGAACUGAGUCUGAUUCAAGUUUUUCUGAUAUAAUCGAGGACAUGGACGAAUGUAAUGGUGGUGGAGUGAGGGUUGGUGAUGAAGAUUCUAGCGUAGAGGGGAGGAUUUAUGGAAUUGAAGUUUUGUCUGAAUGUGGUGAGGUGAGUGGUCAUUCUUCAAUUCUAAUUGGUUCUGCUUCUGAUGUUGGUACACAAGCACAAGCAUUUGAUGAGGAAAAUGAAUCCAAAAUGAAGAGGUCUUUCUCACUGGAUUCAUCUUCUGCUUCAAUGGUAUUUCAUGAUGUGUUAGAUAUACAAAGCUUAGACACCAACACCAACACCAACUUGGUGGUUGAAAAGAAGGCUUCAAUUUCAGGUAACAAAGAUGAUGAUGAUGAUGUUGGUAUCACUAAGGAGUUUAACGACAGUACAACUGAAUACAAAGUGGCUUCAAUUGAGCAUGAAUUGCAAGAGAGGCAUUUGUCAUUGAGGUUCUCUUGA